AACAAGCUCCGCCUGUGAACAAUCGUUUGAACCGUCAUCGAAGUCGAAUUCCAAGUCGGAAACUCUCGCAUCUUUCAAGAGCGCAGUCUUUCCGGUAUGAACAUCAUCGACGUCAUGAUUUGAGCUCUUAUUUUUCGACUUCCCAGUUGUCUUGAAAGCCCCUUAAAUAACCUUUACUGGAAAAUGUGAAUCUCUUUUCAUUGGUCGUUGUUUUGUCUCCAAGUUAAACAGCUAAAAUCUUAGUAAAGUACCAGUUUACAUAGAUAACGAUUUAAACAACACUUAAGAAAUAUAUUCAGCUACGUAACAUUAGCAAAGCAAGCCAGAUAGGAGAAGCCAGAGGAUCUCAGCCAGACGUGGGACCAAGUAACGUUAACGUCGUUAGUCAGGCACACCCUAAAUCUGGGCACCCAUGAUUGAAACGUAACGUCAGGCGAGAGUCAUGCAACAUGAAGUAGUUUGGACUUUUGUGAUCUUGAAAGACAUUCACUAGCAACAAGAACAUGCGAAUCACUUUUUUCAGAACCUGGAUAUGACUGUCUCAUCAUGCCACAGACACAUCCGUCCGCGAGAUAGCGUUUGCCAGCCAGUCUGCUAAAUUCAAUAGCCACACCUGGGCUAGCUAGCUAAUAAUUCGUUUUGUUGUGUGCUUUUGCACAUAUACUAUUGUUGUAAUAUGAAUGCACCGAUGUAUACAUUUGUCGCAAGAGACGAGAACAGCACCAUUUAUGCUGAAGUCUCCAAAAUUCUCGUCGCAACUGGACAAUGGAAGAGACUGAAAAGGGAUAAUCCCAGAUUCAAUUUGAUGUUGGGCGAACGGAACAGACUGCCAUUUGGACGGCUUGGUCAUGAGCCAGGACUGCUGCAACAGGUGAACUAUUACAGAGGAGCAGACAAGUUGUGCCGCAAAGCAUCUUUAGUCAAGUUAAUCAAGACUAGCCCAGAGCUUCCAGACCCCAGCAACUGGUUGCCUGAAUCCUACAUCAUCUAUCCUACUAACCUAAAUACCCCCGUCGCUCCUGUAAAGAAUGGCAUCAGCCACCUGAAAAGUAACCCCAAGACAGAUGAAAGAGAUGUUUUCCUGGCCUCUUAUCACUCAAGAAAGGAAAGCGGAGAGGGAACAGUGUGGAUCGCUAAGUCAUCUGCUGGAGCAAAAGGUGCUGGAAUUUUGAUAUCCUACGAUGCAAAUCAAUUGCUGGAGUUCAUUGAUAAUCAAGGGCAGGUUCAUGUCAUUCAGAAGUACCUAGAAAGACCACUACUGCUGCAACCUGGCAACCGUAAAUUUGACAUCAGGAGCUGGGUGCUCGUGGACCAUCAGUACAACAUCUACCUUUACCGGGAGGGAGUGCUGCGGACGGCCUCGGAGCCCUACGACAGCUCCAACUUCCAGGACAUGACCAGCCACCUGACUAACCACUGCAUCCAGAAAGAGCACUCCCAGAACUACGGCCGCUACGAGGAGGGCAAUGAGAUGUUCUUCGACGAGUUCCGGCAGUACCUGCUGAGCACCCACAACAUAGCACUGGAGAGCAGCAUUUUACCUCAGAUCAAGCAGAUCAUAAGGAGCUGUUUGACAUGCAUUGAGCCAGCCAUCAACACUAAGCACCUGUCCUAUCAGAGUUUCCAGCUCUUUGGCUUUGACUUCAUGGUGGAUGAAAGCUUCAAGGUGUGGCUGAUCGAGAUCAAUGGAGCUCCGGCCUGCGCACAGAAACUCUACCCGGAGCUAUGUCAAGGUAUCGUGGACAUAGCCAUCUCCAGUGUCUUCCCACUGAACAAUGAUUCCGAACCACGAUCAUCUUCCUCCUCCCCCGCUCCUUACUCCUCCUCCCCCUCUUUUUCCACUCUCAACUCAUCCUGUUCCUCUCCGAAACUGAGAGGAUCCCUCCACGUGGGCCCAUUCACCCGGUUGUAAGUCCCUCCUCUGCUUCAGAAGUUCCAACCUCUGCCCUCUGCUCCUCACUCCUAUGCUUUUCCCGAGAUGUCCCACAGGCCAGGAAGCUUUGCCAUCUCAUUGGUUCUUGCAUGGCAAGUUGUCUCGAAUGGGAAUACCCUUGUGAUUGACUGAAGAUUGUGUGACUUUCUCGUAUGUGCUACCACAUUCUCCUCCCCAUACCCCCACAGUGGAAGCGCAUUUCAGAGGAAAGCCUGGACAGGCAUGCAGAAAAUGAAUGUGUGUAGACUUGGUGAAUGUUCGGAUGGUGAUGAGGAUUAAGAUGAAUUGGCGACAGGCUGACAGAUUUGGGGGUCCCAGAACAAGAAGCUUCCCUUGUGAACCAGUGCUGCCACUGAGGCGACCCUAGACUGUGUAUGGACGACCUCUGAAGAUGGAGGGGACGCUUCACUUAUUAUACAGACUUUAGUGCCUUACAUCUCCACCCAUACCCCCUUAAAGAUGCAACCUGUCGAUUUUAGCAUAGCGCCUCUGCUACUGCGUGUGUUAUGUGAGCCUGUGUAUUGUCGAUCAGGCAAGUGUGUAUGUCUGUGUGGUCUAGUCUUUUUUUUUCUUUUUCUGGGUUUGGAGAUCUUUGGAUUUUAUCCACAAAAGUUAGCAUUAUCAGGGGAGGGAAAAAAACUUUCCUGCAUCUUGAUAUGAAUACCUGACAUUGCCUAUAAAUCAUUCUUCAUAUCAUGGUUAUUGACAAAGCCCCAGAGUUUUUUUGUUGUACUGUAUUUUAAGAGGAUUAAAGCAGAAAAUAGGCUACAUUUUAUUGCUACUGUAAUUGUAUUAUAGCUAUUUGAUAGCUGUUAUUCCAGGCUCGCUGUGUAGUGUUAGCUCUUCCAUUUUGACAGACUUUUAUUCAAGUUCAUUUAGUCAGUGUUGUUCAUUCAGUGUACAAAAGAUUCCUAGACAGACUACUCCUUUUUCCUCUGUCAACAAAGAGCAUUUGUGGAAGGACUAGAGAUAAACCUCCCCUGUUUAAUUUGAGACUAGCUUUGCAACUUCCGAACAUUUCAACCCAUUUGAACCUUCUAAAGGUUCUACCAGUCAAACCGUUACACGGUUAUGCAUGAGGAUCUCCACUACAGCUGUAGAUCUGUUUUUGUUUGUGAUUUUAAUAGAGAUUGCAUGCCGGUGUGGAAGCAUGUUACUGUGUCUGUUGUGUGUCAUAAUGCAAGUAGGCCGACUCUCCCUUUUGCCUCUAAUACUGAUAGUUCUUAGCCAAGAGCUGCCUUUUUAAAAUGGUCUAUUUCAUAGAAAGUGAGUUUCUUGUUAGUUUUUGUUUGCUUCCUUGAAAACCUGUAGUAAACAAACUACUUUGUCAACGCAAGUAUAAUUUAAUUUUUUAAAGGAUUUUUAGACUACUAGCGCUGUUGGUUAUGGUGUUGCAUAGCUUCCAUAAUAUUACGUGGAGUUGUAAUGCAUGCAUGCAAACAAGUAGUUUUUCCUGCCCUUGUCUGUCUGUUAAACUGUAAUAUUCAGUGUAGACAACCUGACCACGUUCAGUUUACAGAGGCUUUGGCAUUAUUGCCCACAGUUAACUCUUAGAUUAAGUUACUUUGUCCAAUGUUAAAAUUUAUUUGAAGUAUUAGUUAGUCCCUUAAAAGGGGCAAUCCGUAGUUGAAACAAUAACAAAGUGCAUCUGUUUCGGUAAAAGGCUAAGGGGAUGCGGCUGGAAAAAAUGUAACCACUCUCAAAUUCAUAGACCGAGCUAUGGAUGCAAGGACUGACCAUCCAUGAUAUCAACAUUAUAGUUUUAACCAUGUUUUUAGGCUAUUGUUUGUUUACAUGUACUUUGUUUACAAACAUUGGAGUAAACCAAGCUUAUACACUACUUGAAACAGUAUGUGGACACCUGCUUGUUAAACAUCUCAUUUAAAAAAUCAUUGGCAUUAACAUGGACUUGGUCCCCCCCUUUGCUGAAAUAACAGCCUCCACUCUUCUGGGAAGGCUUUCCACUAGACUUGAAGUAUGGACUCGUCACGGCACGGCACAUACACUACAUGACCAACAGUAUGUGUAGACCUGCUCGUCAAACAUCUCAUUCCAAAAUCAGGGGCAUUAAUAUGGAGUUGGUCCCCCCUUUGCUGCUUUAACAGCCUCCACUCUUCUGGGAAGGCUUUCCACUAGAUGUUGGAACAUUGCUGCUGGGACUUGCUUCCAUUCAGCCACAAGAGUAUUAGUGAGGUUGGACACUGAUGUUGGGCGAUUAGGCCUGGCUCGCAGUUGGCGUACCAAUUCAUCCUAAAGGUGUUCGAUGGGUUGAUGUCAGGGCUCUGUGCAGGCCAGUCAAGUUCUUCCACACAGAUGUCAACAAAACAUUUCUGUAUGAACCUUGCUUUGUGCACAGGGGCAUUGUCAUGCUAAAACAGGAAAGGGCCUUCCCCAAAGUUGGAAGCACAGAAUUGUCAACAAUGUAUUUUAUGCUGUAGCAUUAAGAUUUCCCUUCACUGGAACUAAGGGGCCUAGCCCGAAGCAUGGAAAACAGCCCCAGAACAUUAUUCCUCAGACGAUUAUUCCUCCAAACUAAAACUUUCAAAUCCAAAUGGAUUUGGGCAGGUAGCGUUCUCCUGGCAUCUGCCAAACCCAGAUUUGUCCGUUGGUCUGCCAGUUGGUGAAGCGUGAUUCGUCGCUCAAGAGUCCAAUGGCGGCAAGCUAUACACCACGCCAGUCAGCACUUGGCAUUGCGCAUGGAGAUCUUAGGCUUGUGUGCUGCUGCUCGACCAUGGAAACCCAUUUCAUGAAGCUCCCGACGAACAGUUCUUGUGCUGACGUUGCUUCCAGAUACAGUUUGGAACUCUGUAGUAUGUGUUGCAACCAAGGACAGACACUUUUUACACGCUUCAGCACUUGGCGGUCCAGUUCUGUGUGCUUGUGUGGCCUACCACUUCAAGGCUGAGCCAUUGUUGCUCUUAAACAUUUCCACUUCACAAUAACAGAACUUACAGUUGACCGGGGCAGCUCUAACAGGGCAAAAUUUUUACGAACUGACUUAUUGGAAAGGUGGCAUCCUAUGACUGUGCCAUGUUGAAACUCACUGAGCUCUUCAGUAAGGCCAUUCUACUGCCAAGGUUUGUGUAUGGAGAUUGCAUGGCUGUGUGCUCGAUUUUAUACACCUGUCAGCAAGGGUGAGGCUGAAAUAGCUAAGUCAACUAAUUUGAAGGGGUGUCCACAUACUUUUGACUAUAUAGUGUAUUUUGGGUUCUGAUGGGAUACGACAGUUGAACUUAACUCAUGAGGCAUGUGCAAGUUAUAUUCUUCAAGAACCAAUGGGUUCAACUGCAGACUGCCCCUUUAACCACUACCUCUUCUCUUCAUUAUCACACAUUUUCAAAUAUUUUAGUUGGUCAUGCUUCAACAUGUUUUGAGUCAAACACCGCUUAAGGGACAACAUUGGCACAUUUAUAUUUUAAUCCGUAUCUUAUGUUUACAAGAUUGCUAUGGGGAAUGAUGUACGGACAAGUGAAUGACUCUUUGAUAUGCACAUGGUCAAAACAUACAAUGGCUAUGAAUUAUAUUUUAUAGUAGUUGCUGUUGAAUGUACAGUUAGAUUGUAUAUCAUAGGGGCAAAAAUAAAGGUUUGUUUCUAGAUUAUUUUUUUUUUUGGUAAGAGCUAAACUUUAUUAUUCAACAUAUUGGAAAAUAUCCAAAGACAAUUAUCAGUAUUAUCAAAAUGAGGGAAAUGUCUUUCAAGCCAAGGGAAGGGGUGUCAGUGGGAAUUGCCUCUUGAUGUUUGGAAGAUGCAAUAAACCUCCAGCAUAUUUCAUUUGUUUGAUUGUAAAAAGAUACAUUUGUCUAUUGCUAUCUGGUCUGUGUGACUGUUAAUUGUUCAAUCUCUUGUAAUGUCUGGUUCUCCUCAGUUUAUUUGCACUGAACUUUUCCCAUUUUUAAUUACUUGCAUUAUCAUCGUAUUUUAGUUGAAAAAUUGCUUUUAUGUCUAAAAUGAAUGUCAUUAUUUUCCCCCAUAGUAUUACUUAUCUAGCUAUGAAUGUGAGUUUUAGGUAUUUCAAGGCCUUUAAAGAGCAAUGUGUAACUUCCUUUGAGUACCGCCAUGGGAGACAAAGAAGUGACUUAAAUCUGUCAUUAUCAAACAUUUUCACUAAACCAAGGCAGCCAAGAAAAAAGAAAUCCGUAUAAGACAUAACAGCAACAUUGGCACAUUUGAAAUGUUAAUCUCUCCUCCAGUCAACAAGGUUUUACUGUACUGUAUGUAGUCAGAGGAAUGCCUAUGAUGUUUUUUUUUUUCUUCAGCUAAUGUUUCUCAAACUCUUGCAUGAAAACUUGAUUGGAUAAAAAAUGUAUGUAGAAUAAAAUGUAUUGUUGAUCUGA